AUGGGGGACUUUAACGAGGUUAUAUUCCAAGAGGAGUACUUUGGCUCCAACAUACGCCCCUUUAAGCAAAUGGAAGAUUUUAGACUGGCCUUAUCAGACUGUGGACUUAUGGAUAUUGGUUUCGAAGGAUCAAAAUUUACUUGGUGCAAUAAAAGGGAGGGAUUGAAUUCACUAAAUGUCGAUUGGAUAGAGCCCUAUCCAAUGUUGAAGGGCUUAACCUCUUUGACUCUAAUCAGUGUUACCACUGUCAACUACUCUAUCCUUGUUAAUGGUGUACCCCAAGCAGAAUUUACUCCUUCCAGAGGCAUUAGGCAGGGAGAUCCUUUAUCUCCCUUCCUAUUCAUCAUCUGUUCUGAAUUCCUCAGCCAUAGCUUAAAUCAAGCUGAGAUGCAGGGAAUUAUCUCUGGGAUUCCAGCUGCUCGAGGAUCCUUUCAUGUGAACCACCUUUUCUUCGCAGAUGACAGCUUGGUAUUUUGCAGAUCUAAUCCAGAUGAAUGGUGUAUACUACAACAGGUAUUAAGCAGUUAUGAAAAAGUUUCGGGUCAGAGACUUAACCUUGAAAAAACCUCCAUCUUCUUCAGCAGGAACACCAAAGUUGAGGUCCAACAAGCAAUCUUUCAACAGUCAGGAAUCAAAGCUUUAGGAUCCUUUGAUAAAUAUUUGGGGUUACCAUCAUAUGUGGGAAGGAACAGAAUAAAGGCCUUUCAUUCAAUACUUGAUAGGGUCAAAGCCAAGAUUACUAAUUGGAAGAGCAACCUGCUGUCCCAAGCUGGGAAGGAGACCCUCCUUAAAUCUGUGCUGCAAUCAAUCCCAACUUAUAGUAUGGGGAUAUUCAAAAUCCCUAAAGCAAUUCUUAGAAAACUCAAUCAGCUCCUACAAUCCUUCUGGUGGGGUCAAAGCAACCACAGGUCCAAAAUACAUUGGCUGAGCUCGCAGAAACUAGGGAAAUCCAAGCAGAAAGGGGGUUUGGGAUUUAGGGACUUUGAACAUUUUAAUUUAGCUUUACUGGCGAAACAAGGUUGGAAGAUCAUACAGAACCCUCAUUCCCUUGCAGCUCAGGAGUCAAGAUAUGCUGACAUGGAGGUGCUCGAGCAAUGGAAAAUUUUCUGUAAGGAGUGCUUAUCACCUUCAAGGCUCUUUGAUAGAAGACAGAGUGGGGCAAUCUUCAGCUCAAAGUUCAAGCUCGAGAUUUUGGAACAAAGUUUGAGGAGGAAUAAUUGGCUCUUUGAACAGCAAUUCCAAUCCCCUUAUCAGUUAGCAAAUCUUAUCCAAUCAGAACUGAGUUCUAUUAAAUUGUGGAUUCAGAAUGGUACUCAACAGAAAGUAACCCAAGCUGCUAGAGUUAACAGAUGGAUUGCUCCACCAUUAGAUAUGUUCAAAGCCAACUGGGAUGCUGCCAUUGAUAAAAUCAAUUCAAGGGUGGGGAUUGGUGUAAUUGUUAGGAACUCAGAAGGAGCUGUUAUGGCAUCCUUAUGUUCUUCGAUGGACCUGUUCCUGGAUCCACUUCUUGGUGAGGCCAUAGCAGCUCGAAGAGCCUCUUCCUUCUGUGCAGAUCUGGGUUUUCAGCAUGUCAUACUCGAAGGUGACUCCUUGCUGGUGGUGAAGGCAAUCCAAAUCAAGGAAAAUAGUUGGAGUGAUUCUGGCCUUGUCGUUAGAAAUAUUAAGAUUUUGCUUUCUAAGUUCCUCUCUUGGUCUGUCUUACACGUCCAUAAGGAAGUUAAUGUAAUUGCACAUCACUUGGCAAAAUUUGCUCUUAGUUGCCAAGAGGAUUGCAUAAUGAUUGAGGACUGUCCCCCUUGUAUCAAGCAACUACUAUGA